GCAGCUGUAGACAAUUAACCUCAGUAAUGUUAAUUGGGGACACGUAUUUAGUGGAGGCUGCUCAUUCUUCCAGUGACAAUAACAAACGAUAGUUAUCAUGGCGCAACAUAACAAUGCACAAACUGAGACUGCACAGAGUUAUUCAGAUACUGAAACGGAUAAGAGCUACGUAAGUGUAUUUAAACGCAGGCAGCCAUUAACGUUCUCGCCUAACCGCCAGUACGUUUUGGCAAUCGUCUCCCCUCUGCAAAAACAGGACAGCUGUGAAACUGUCUUGGCAGAUGACGGAUCAUUUAGAGCAUCUUCACCUGCUCAUGAAAAUAACAGAAGAGAAAUCCGAUAUGAUUACAGCCCAGUACAUUGGACUUCGUCAACAGUGACCACUUUUGAGCCUUUCUCUUUUGACGAGCGUGAUGCUGCACGGAAAGUUGCGCGUGAGAGGAGACUGCAGGAGUUUCGCCAGAUGCAGGAACAGCAAUGGCGUUCAACAUUUAAAGCACAUCCAAUAAGAAGAUACAAACCACAUGUUCAACUAUGUGGACAGUCCCAGACCCAUUCACAACAGUCAAAAUAACGUCGAAAAAAAAAAUUAAGAAUUGACUUUUAAAGUUU